AUGCCGAGGCCACGGCAUGCCAAGCUUCCAAUAGCCUCACUUUCUCGAAAUGGCUUGAAUGGGGCAAUACCAAGGCCACGCCAUGCCAAGCUUCUAAUAGCCUCACUUUCUCGAAAUAGCUUGAAUGGGGCAAUGCCAAGGCCAUGCCAUGCCAAGCUUCCAAUAGCCUCACUUUCUCAAAAUAGCUUGAAUGGGGCAAUGCCAAGGCCAAGGCAUGCCAAAGCCACGACAUGCCAACACAAGGCAAGGCAUGCCAAGGCCAAGGCACGCCAAGGCCAAGGCACGACAUGCCAACGCAAGGCAAAGCCAAGCAAGCCAAGGCAAGCCAAAGCCAUGGAAAGGCAAGGCAAGCCAAAGCCAUGGAAAGGCAAGGCAAGGCAAGCCAAAGCCAUGGAAAGGCAAGGCAAGCCAAAGCCAUGGAAAGGCAACGCAAGGCAAGGCAAGGCAUGCCGAGGCCAAGGCACGACAUACCAACGCAAGAAAAGGCAAGGCAAGGCAAGGCUUCACCAAAGCCACGGCAAGGCAACGCAAGCACGUAAAAAAGACAAAGUGUCGGAUGGGUAG